AUGGACAAUAUCUUCAGGGUCGAUGGCAUGGUGGCAGUUGUCACCGGCGGCGGCACCGGCAUCGGAUUCAAUAUGGCUAAGGCGCUAGCCAAUGCGGGUGCUAAGAAGGUCUACAUCCUCGGUCGACGCAGAGAGGUUCUCGAGAAAGCUGCGAAGGCACAUGAGAGCUUAUACCCCAUCGUAUGCGAUGUCGGAUCAAAGGAGUCCCUUCAAGCCGCUGUAGAUGCCAUCACUAAAGAAAGCAGUUAUGUCAAUCUUGUGGUAGCCAAUUCGGGAAUAAUUGGGCCAGCAGCACGGUUCCACCCUGAUUCUAGUAUCAAGGACCUAAAGCAGCGCCUUUUCGAUGAUGUAUCCAUGGAUGACUUCUCACAGACGAUGAACAUCAAUGUCACAGGGGCAUACUUUACUAUGCUAGCCUUCCUCGAGCUACUAGAUGCCGGCAACGAAAACGCGCGAAAAGGUGGUUUCGGCGCUCCGUUAAGUGCGGGCAGCAGCACGGUUCCCUCAAUACAGAGCCAGGUCCUUUUCACUAGUAGUAUCUCAGCAUACAGCCGUGCCUGGAUUUCGCCGCCUUCAUACUCAGCCAGCAAGGCAGCUAUUGAGCACCUUGCCAAACAUGCCAGCACGAACCUCGCGCCCUACGGUAUCCGGGUCAACGCUAUGGCCCCUGGGUUGUUUCCAUCCGAAUUGGCCUUCUUGAAUAUCCAAGAACGUGAUCCAUCCAAGGAGCAUCCCUCAGAGCUACGAUAUAUCCCUGCUCAGCGGUUCGGAGGCGAAGAGGAGAUGGCAGGCACCGUUCUAUACCUAGCAAGCAGGGCUGGCGCAUAUUGUAACGGAUUAGUUCUUGUCAACGACGGUGGCAAGCUCUCCACGAUGCCAAAUUCAUAUUAG